AUGCAGCUUUCGCCGCCGGUGGUGCCCACCCUCUCUCUCCUCCUCUUACUCUUCUUCUCCACCACCCAUGCUCACAACAUCACCCGUAUGCUGGCAAAACACCCCGAAUUCUCCACCUUCAACCACUACCUAACAAUUACCCAUCUCGCCGGAGAAAUCAAUCGCCGCCAGACCAUCACCGUCUGCGCGGUCGACAAUGCCGGCAUGUCGGACCUUCUCGCCAAACAUCUCUCCAUCUACACCAUCAAGAACGUGCUCUCCCUCCACAUCUUCGCUGACUACUUCGGUGCCAAGAAGCUCCACCAGAUCACCGGCGGCUCCACCCUCACCGCCACCAUGUUUCAAGCCACUGGCAAAGCCCCCGGCACCUCAGGCUACGUCAACAUCACCGACAUGAAAGGCGGCCGAGUUGGGUUCGCCCCCGAAGACAACGACGGCACACUCAGUGCCGUCUACGUCAAGUCUGUUGACGAAAUUCCUUACAACAUCUCCGUCAUCCAUAUCAGCCAUAUAUUAUCUUCCCCAGAAGCUGAAGCUCCGGCUGGUGCACCGAGCGACCAUAAUUUAACCUCUCUGAUGGCGAAACAAGGCUGUAAAGCAUUUUCAGACUUGUUGAGAAGCACCGGAGCUGAAGAAACUUUCACCCAAAAUGUCGAUGGCGGUUUAACUGUGUUUUGUCCGACCGACGCAGUCAUUAACGCUUUCAUGCCGAAGUACAAGAACUUGACUAAUCCGGCGAAGGUUUCAUUGCUGAUGUAUCAUGGUGUUCCUGUUUAUAAUUCACUAGGAAUGUUAAGAUCAAACAAUGGGUUGAUGAACACUCUGGCCACUGAGGGACCGAAUAAGUAUGAUUUUACUGUACAGAACGACGGUGAGGACGUGAAGCUGGAGACGAAGGUAGUGACGGCGACGAUAAAAGGGACGGUUUUGGAUGAAGAUCCGUUGGCUGUGUACAAAAUUGACAAGGUUUUGUUGCCAAGGGAGUUGUUCAAGGCGGCUCCGGCAGCACCGGCUCCGAAGGCGGCGAAGGGUAAGAAGACUACAGAGGCUGCGGCGGAGGCGCCGGGGCCUGAUGUUUCCGAUGUCGGAGAUCCGGCGGACCAGACGGCCGAUGAAAAUGGGUCUGGGAGGAUUAGAGAUGGGUGGUUUGUGACAGUGAUUUUGAGCUUGUUUUUGGGCACAACAAUGGCGUUUGUUUGA